AAUUAUUAGAUGGUACCCAGGAAGCUGACCGCAUUAUUAAGGAAGGUGCAUUUGAUUACCUAUUUGGGUCCCCAGAGUUGCUUGUUGGUGAUAGCUCAUUCAGAGACCAGUUGCAUCAGUUUGGUGUAUCAACUAUUGUUGUUGAUGAGUUUCACACCAUUGCAUGCUGGGGCGAAAAGGAUGAUGAAGACAGAGAUGCAUUUAGGAAAUGGUUCAGCUACCUAGGGGAACUACGUUCAAUUUUCCCAUCUGCAUCAGUGUUGGCACUGAGUGCAACUUGCACACAUAAAAUCUCACGAAGAGUCCGCAAAGUGUUGAAUUUGAAGGAAGACACAACUGAAAUUAGAUUAUCACCUGACAAACCCAACAUCAAACUUGCUGUGAAAAAAAUUGCAAAUUCUGUAGAUUUAGGAAUGGCCUGGAUGAUUGAUGGAUUAGACUCUUUUCCCAGAACAAUUAUAUACUGCACCAGCAUUCGGGAUGUGUCCAAAUUGUAUCAUUAUUUAACUUCAGAAGUGCCGGAUUGUGUAUCAUUCUGUGACAUGUUUCAUUCUGAGACACCAGAUUCAAAGAAGAAAAAAAUACUGGAUGACCUUUGUAAUGAAAAUGGUUCCUUGAGAAUUGUUAUUGCGACCAGUGCCCUUGGAAUGGGGAUAGACAUGGCAAGUGCAAAUAAUGUGAUCUUAUAUGGAGCUCCAAAGCAAUUAGUGGAGGUCAUUCAGGAGAUUGGUCGUGUAGGUCGGGAUGGAACUCCAGCACUUGCCUUGCUCCUUUACAAUUCUUACCAUUUAAGAAAAGCGGAACAGGAAGUGAGGGAUGUGUACAUUUCACAAACUUGCAGGAGAAAGGUACUUUUGAAACCUUUUGUGAAGGAAAAUGAACUUGGUCUAAUAUCACAAGAUCCACACCAUACAUGUUGUGACAGAUGUGUGUUAUUGUGCAGAUGUAAUGACUGUCAGAAGGAUGUUUUUCUUCUUGAGAAGAUGUUAAAAGAUGAACCACCAGCCUCAGAGAGUGACACGAACAGUGAAUCUACCGAACUCUAUGAUGAUGAUGUCGAACUUUUAAUGGAAUCAGACAUAGAACUUGAAUAAGCA